AUGGCAGCGCUGAGCUUUCAGCCCUUUGUCCUCCGUUUGUUCAACGCGCCACUAGGUGUUGACUUCCUACGCAACUUGAGUGCCAAGAUCUCACCUUUCUUCAACUAUGAGCACGAUCGAUUAUUUGCGUAUAUCAGUGAUUAUAAGAGGAGAAAUUUACGGCGAAAGAUGAGAGAAAAGAGGCUGGAGGACAAAAGGCAUGAGAAGCAGCAACAACGCGCCGAAGAAAGGGAAAAACAGCAGAAAAACAAUUCAUGGAAAGAAAGGAACCGCGAAGCACAAAUGAAACUCAAAGCCAAGAUCUUGCAGAAGAAGAAAAGUACCUAG